GCUGCCUUCUUUCGAGUAUGGCGGUGGACACAAAAGGCACUAGCAGGCAGACGCGAAAGAUUUAUUCCUGGAACUACCAUGCUCUAUGCCACAUUGGGAACCGGCGUAAUGCCACACGAGCUGACGAGCGUGCUGCUCUUGCUUUACCAGGAUAUGACAGCUCUACAGACAUCAUCCCAAAUGUGAUUGACUCGGACGUUCUUCACCCAGCGUUCCCUGGUUAUCGACAUCGUUCGGUCACGGCCAUGCAAAUCUUGUUGGAGUUAUUUUGUCCGCCAAAGGGGAUUGUGCUUGAUGCUACAGCAGGAUUUGGAUCAAUGGUGCAGGCAGCAAAAGAGACAGGCCGAGCGGUUUUUGCACUUGAGAAGGAGGGUGCCUUUGAGGACAUUCUUAGGAGAUUUUGCGACAGGUGAUGUUA